AUGCGCCGAUCUUUGGACCUCCUCCCGGAAGCCAAGCUCCCCUCAGCCUCCACGGAGCAGCCCGACAACCCGGGUCCGAACGACCUGGACAAGCCAGGCGGCCGCUCCGGGACUCGCUCCCGCACGGGUACCGACCCCGGGGGCGCGGCAGAGCCGAUUUCCCACGGGCCGGGAGAGCUCCGAGCCAGGCUCCGGCGCUCGGGCCGCGGCGCACCUGACGGCGUCUUCCUCACAGGACCCGCCCCGCGCCCCUCCCCCAGGCCGUCGGCCCCCCGGCGCCCAGCCCCGCCGGGACGCCCGCCUGGCCUCGCGAGACCCCGCACCUCCCGUCCCGCGUGGGGAGCCUCAGCUCGGGUCCCGGCCGCCUCACUUACCAGGGGCCGCGGCAGCGGCGGCGCUGAGCCCGAGGCGCGUGACUCGGCCGGGCCGUACCAUCCGUCCACCCCGCGGGGGGGGCGCGCGGGCUGGCCGAGCGCGCCUCCGCACCGCGAAGCGAGGGGGCCCUCGUCCACCCGCACACCCCAGAAGAUCGCGCGAGCCCCGCAACUCCUCACUCUGGAGGGGAACCUGAAGCGGCUGCCCGACGCCGGCCCCGUCCGCCGCCCGACUUCCGCGCCUCCCCCCACCGAGAAGCACGGAAUGGUUCCAGCCGCACCGGCCGGGCUAGUGGACGAAACCAUUUCAAAGCGGGGGGAGUACUUAAAAUUAAAAAACAUUUAAGAAGUAGAUUUGAGGAAAAAUGUAGCGAAGCUAGUACUCCCGGUCCACACCGAGAAGAGAAAGAAACAGAAUGUCUCGACGUUAUAAACAGCGGGGCAGUGGCUUAUGGUUUCCCCGUUGGGUUUGAUUAAAUUGCCGAUCGAACCCGUCUUUUGUGGGACGUGCUGGCAGGUGGCCGGGAGGGGCCCGUCACGUGACGUGGGGCAACAGCGCGACGCGGUUGCGAGGCUAGGUCUGUAACUGGAGGUGGGGUGCGGCGGAGUGCGCAUGUGCGGGCACACUCGCCCACCCGG